CGGUAGCAGGUUUGUGAGAGCAGCAGCCAGAAGAGAAAGAAGGAAGCAGCAGGAGGAGGAAUCGGAGCGUGAGAAACCGUGUGGCUGCAGUCAGGAGGGACACAAACACAGAGAGGGGGAGAGGUGGAGAUACAGAGAGAAAAGAGAAGGUUUGCCCUCCUCACCUCACUGACCCAUGAAAGAAGCCAUGCCGGUCCUCACAGCAGGAGCAGGGCUACAUGAAACGUUGGCCCUGCUGACCUCUCAGCUGCGGCCUGAUGCCAAUCAUAAGGAGGACAUGGUGUUCCUCAAAGACGUCUUCAGUGAGAGAAGCUUGGGAUAUCUCAUGAAGAUUCAUGAGAAGCUGAGACAGUAUGAGAGACAGAGUCCAACGCCUGUCCUCCACAGUGCCUCCUCUCUGGCUGAGGAUGUGGCAGAGGAGCUUCAGAGUGGACCAAUGAGCAGCGAGGAGAAGGAGUUGCUGCAUCUGUUGACAUCACCACAUCUCAAGGCUGUCCUGUCGGUGCACGACACUGUGGCUCAGAAGAACUUUGACCCUGUGCUGCCGCCACUACCAGAUGACUUUGAGGAUGAGCUAGAGGAAGAGUCAGUGAAGAUCGUCAGGCUGGUGAAGAACAAGGAGCCUCUGGGAGCCACCAUCAGGCGGGAUGAAGCCACCGGUGCAGUGAUUGUGGCUCGGAUUAUGAGGGGAGGUGCAGCUGACCGCAGUGGUCUGGUUCAUGUAGGAGAUGAACUUAGGGAGGUCAAUGGGGUCUCUGUGAUCCACAAGAGACCUGAUGAGAUCAGUCAACUGCUGUCCCAGUCCCAGGGCUCCAUCACUUUAAAGAUAAUCCCUGCCAUUAAAGAAGAGGACCGGCUGAAGGAGAGUAAGGUGUAUAUGAGAGCCUUGUUUGACUACAUCCCCUUGGAAGACAAGGCCACACCCUGCCAAGAGGCGGGACUGCCCUUUAAGCGGGGAGACAUUCUGCAGGUCGUGAGUCAGGAUGACUCCACGUGGUGGCAGGCCAAACGUGUAGGAGACAGCAACCUGCGGGCCGGACUCAUCCCCUCAAAGCAAUUCCAAGAGAGGCGAUUGGCCUACAGGAUGAAAAUGGGCACACUCCCGAAUCCAAAAUCCCCUAAAAAGCCUGUCUAUGACCAAGGAUGUGAUAAAGAGGACUGUGACUGUGAGGGCUAUUUCAAUGGACAGUACAUAGUCUCUCCUAAGUGUAAAGCAGUGGCGCCCUCCUGUGGCCAGGUGUUUUCCUGGGAAUUUUAUUCAGCUGGUUUACGGAGGAGUUUCCGGCUGAGUCGUAAGGACAGACAGGGAUCAUCAGGAGAGUGCUCUGAUCCUGGCGCCUCGGAGUUCCUGACCUAUGAGGAGGUGACCCGCUACCAGCAGAGGCCUAGUGAGAGACCCCGUCUGGUGGUUCUGAUAGGUUCUCUUGGGGCUCGAAUCAAUGAACUCAAACAGCGGGUCAUUGCUGAAAACCCACAUUGCUACGCAGUGGCUGUACCACAUACAACUAGGCCCAAGAAACCUCAUGAGAAGGAUGGGGUGGAGUACCACUUUGUCACCAAACAGCAAUUUGAUGCAGACAUUUUGAACAACAAGUUCAUAGAGCAUGGGGAAUACAAGGAAAACCAGUAUGGCACCAGUAUAGAGGCUAUCCGCUCUAUACAGGCCAAAAAUAAGAUGUGUAUAGUAGAUGUGCAGCCUGAGGCCCUGAAGAGGCUGCGGACUGCAGAGUUCAAGCCCUAUGUCAUAUUUGUCAAACCUCGAGUUCCUGAGAGCAGACGUCGCCGCAGUGCCGGCACCUCUCCAGGAGGGGGAGAACAUGGUCGCAUCACAGACGAGGACCUGCAGGAGAUGCGUCAGUCUGCCCUCCAGAUCGAUCAGCAGUAUGGACACCUGGUGGACAGGGUCCUUAUCAAGGAGGACUCAGCCAGUGCGUGUGCAGAACUGCAAGGGAUCUUGGAAAGUCUGGAGCAGGAGUCCUUCUGGGUACCUGUCAGCUGGGUACGGACCUAAACGUACCACCGUCCCUGCAACUUCCAGAGGAACUUCACAGCUCACCUGCCCACCUCCCUCUAUCUCACAGACACAGGGUUGAGUACCUGAGGAACCAAAGGGAGAGAAUGAUGUCAGAAGAAUACCUCAUCAUCUGAGGUCCUGCAGCAAAUACACAGCUCUCUUGGCCAGUUCGUCACCCAAAAUCUGUCACCGCCUCAUGUCACAUUUAUUUUGUAGUUUAAGUAGUAUUUCUGAAACAAUCACUUUUUCUAUCUGCCUCAUUUUAUUCAAUAAGUGUGUCAGGUUUGGGAUCCCACUCAGGAUUGCUCCAACAGCUAUAGUACGACUUCUGUUGGAGAACCUUCAGUAGCAUUUUUUUUAAGUUUACAUUAACUAAAUGCUUCCUAUCAGUUCUUACAGCUCAUGCAUCCUGUACAGUAACAACCCAUCAUACAUUCUAGAGUAUUUAAUACAUGAAACUAAGGGAAUGCUGUGUGAAACUGUUCUUUUUGCUGAACCAUAAAUAGAAUUUCCACACAUGCACAGCAACAAAUUUUUAGGAAACGCAUGAUAGCUGAUUAUUUAACCUCAGAUAUACUGUAAAUGGUACUCCUUGUGUGCCAAUGAAAGAGCUCGUAGCACUUCAAUGCAACCCGUUUACCUUGGUCCCUGUGUAAAAUAACAGUAUGUUUACAUGCACCAACAUGUAAUGCUACUUUUAUGUACAAGAACUGGUUUUUUGUAUGGGGUUAUUUGAGAAUCAGGGUUUUGCUUAUUAUUGUCAGACUGAAUAUGGCUGGUGGUAGUAGCCACAGAUUUUAAAUGAGGGGAAAAAAAGUCAACUGAUGAAUUGUCUGAGCAGAAAUAUCACAGCUUCUCAGUUGUAAGGCCUUUGUCUCUGUAACAGUAAACUGAAAUUUUUGGAGUUAGAUGAGCAAAUCUGAAUGCAUCACUUUGGGUUUUUAAAAAGUUGCAACAGGCAUUAUAGUGAAAAAUGCCUGUUGCAGUGAUACAGAUUAAUCAAUUUAAAGACCUGACAUUGAGAUGUAGUAUAAAAUGUGACGUUAUCUUGCCAUUAACAGUGGAUUUUCUUCCCCUCCCCCCAAUCGGUCUUUAAAAAAAAACUGUCACACCAUACUGAAAGAGUUCUUGGUCAUUUAAAAGGUUCCUUUUCUCUCCACUGGUUGUGAAAAGAUCAUAUCUCAACACAAAUUUAAGUGACAAAAUCCACCAUCCUCAUUUUGUGUAAAAAUACAUUUAAAAGUUUCAUUUAAGAUGAUAUAAAUUUAAGUUCACCAGAUCAAGUGGGUAUCUUCCAAAGUGACUGUCUUCUUGCAUGAGUUGUGUAGCUCAGCACAUAAGUUGUCUGGUCAAAUUGAGCGAAUGUUGUUGCAAUUUUGGAAGAGAAUGACUUUCUACUCACAACACCAGAAGUGUGGAUUUUAUCUGUUACUUAUGCUGAAAGGAAGGGAAACAGUUACAGCAACCAGGAGCUCUUUCUGUGAGAAUUAUCAUGAUUAACUUGAAGAAAUGUGAACCUAUGUUUUAGGGACACAGAAAACCAAUAAGGAAAUACAGGCUAGUGUCAUACGCAAUUACAAAGCCAACAAUCUAUAGGACUGAACUUUGGAUCAAGUAUCCCUCUUACACUGACAUUUGAUUGUGGUAAAAAUAAUGCACUGUCUGUUCUUUUUUUUUUUUAAAAACAUGCACUAUCUUUUUUAUGUACCAUAUAAACCAAGAAACCCAGGAUGUUGAUUCAGUAACGUGACAUGUACAAAGUGCCAUAAUAAAAGAUAAAUGAAUCCUAC